CCAUCUUGUAUGAAUUUAAAUAUUUUUCAAAAAAAUUUUUUAUUUCUUUUUUAUUUAAAUUUACCCCUCCUUUUUAGUUUAUUUUUGCAAAACAAACAAUUUCAGGCAAUUGUUGGCGAACGAAUCUCCACUCCGCCUGGAUUGAUACCAAUCCCGCGUAGUUCAGCACCCACUGAUCAAGCAAUUCGAGUAAUUCGAGCUUUCCAAUCUGGCGUUGAUCGAAGGGAACAAUCUCUUAGUGGUCCAAGUGCUGCUAGGUUGAGGGAAAUUAGUCGACAACUUAAAUUACAGGUGGAAAGAGAAGGUAGAGAAUAUAUUUGUGAAUUUCCUUAG